UUGGAUACUUUCAGGUUUCCCAAUCUUGCCGGUGAUGAAUCUGCUCGAGAUGCGCAGGAUACGUUGGCAUCGUUCCAGCCACUGAUUAAUAGUCAAUGCAGCGAGCAGUUACGAUUCUUCCUAUGUUCCGUCUACUUUCCCAUGUGCAAUGAGAAGAUCCCGCAGCCGAUUGGGCCAUGUCGCCCUCUGUGCGAGACCGUCCGCGACAAAUGCCUGCCACUCCUCAAAGAUUUCGGCUUUUCUUGGCCGACACAAAUCGAUUGCAGCAAGUUCAUUCUGGGUAGGUUAUACAACAAUGGCACCAUUUUAUAG